CGCGGGGGGCGGCGGCGCGGGAGCGGACUCGGAACCCGCCAGCAGCAGCCGCCGCGGCGCCGCAGGGACGAGCGCCCAGGGUCAGCCUGGGGUCCUAGCAGCUGGCACAAGCCCUCCCAGCUCCGCCCCCCACCCCUGGUGUGGAAGAUGCCUGAGCAGAGUAAUGACUACCGGGUGGUGGUGUUCGGUGCCGGUGGUGUGGGCAAGAGUUCCCUGGUGCUGCGCUUCGUGAAGGGCACAUUUCGAGACACCUACAUCCCCACCAUUGAGGACACCUACCGACAGGUGAUCAGCUGUGACAAGAGCGUGUGCACACUGCAGAUCACUGACACCACAGGCAGCCACCAGUUUCCAGCCAUGCAGCGGCUGUCCAUCUCCAAGGGCCAUGCCUUCAUCUUGGUCUUCUCCGUCACCAGCAAGCAGUCGCUGGAGGAGCUGGGGCCCAUCUACCAGCUCAUUGUGCAGAUCAAGGGCAGCGUGGAGGACAUUCCAGUCAUGCUGGUGGGCAACAAGUGUGAUGAGACGCAGCGGGAGGUGGACACCCGCGAGGCCCAGGCUGUGGCCCAGGAGUGGAAGUGCGCCUUCAUGGAGACAUCGGCCAAGAUGAACUACAACGUCAAGGAGCUCUUCCAGGAGCUGCUCACGCUGGAGACACGCCGGAACAUGAGCCUCAACAUCGAUGGCAAGCGCUCCAGCAAACAGAAGAGGACAGACCGCAUCAAGGGCAAAUGCGUCCUCAUGUGAGCCUGGGACGCCCGCCUGCAGCCAGCCCCUUUCCUGGCCCCAUGCCUCUCUCACAUCACCCUGCAGCCACUGCCUUCUCCUCCUCUCCGCUUCCUCCCCCUCGUCCCCUCCUCUCUCUACCCCUCUCUCAUCACUUCCACCUCUCUGCUGUCAUCCGACAUCUCUGAUGGGGACACCGAGGCCCUGGAGAGCCCUGCAGGUCUGGGGCUCCGAGCCAGCUCUCUCGCAUCCCUCUGCCUUUGCGCCAUCUCUCUCCCCCACCCUCCUGUCCGUACUCCCGAAGCCACGUGCUAGAUGAGACCCCCUCGGUCUGUACACGGGGAAAUGGGAAGCCGCCUGUCCCUGUGGGAUCGAGGACACUGAGUUUCCCCAUCCUCCCCUGUCUCUGUUUCGCCCAGGAGCCCCACGUCUUCCCCUUUACCUCGUGUGCCCCCAGCCAGACCUGUGCCUCCCCCACCCAUCAGAUCACUGUGACCUUGCCGGGAAGGGAGGAAUGGAAAUGCACAUGGACCUCA